CGACGGUGGGACCAAAGGACACCUCACCGAGUAAGAGCAAAGAGUCUAAACUCCCUUGAGCUUACAAUGUGUGGGUGCGAGAAAAAAACAGUCUGUGUGUGUUUACGAUUGGGGAGCACAGAAGAAGAGAAUAAUAAACACCCGGAUAAAGAGGGAGAAUUUCAUGCUUGGCAGAUGGGUCAGCUUGCUCCGGAUAGGCUGGAGAUUUUCGGCUUGAUACCUACCACCCAAUUCACGAGUAACGAGGGUUUAUGUGUUAGUGUUAGGUACACACAGUUAAGUACUGUACAGACACUACGAGGACGAGGAGUGUAA